AUGAAGGACACUAGGAGCAACGCAAGACAGCAUCAGGAGGGGGAGCGCGAGCUGGCCGACGACGAGUGCAGCGACGACAGCGGCUGCCUGAGCGGCACCACCAUCAACACCAUCAGUCCGAGUUUGUCGAGCAACGGCUCCUUCCACGAGCACCAACAGCGUCGCCGGUUGAGGUCGAAGCAAGCCAGAUCGACCGACCGGUUGUACCGGAGCAUCAGCAACAGCCGGAUAUUCUCGUGGCUGAGCCGCGGCCGCUCGGUCGAGCGGGUGCACCGGCAGAGCUGCGGCAAGGCCGACUCCAGCGCCGACAUACCCGGCCUGCUGCGGGGCUCAAAGAUCGGCAAGAAACCCUCGGACAACGGCAGCAGCCGCACCAGCAUCGCCGCCUCCACCAGCAGCAACAGCAGCAACGGCAGCACCAACACCAACACCGGCAACAAGAAAAAACCCCAGAACAUCCUGAGGCGACCCGUCGCCUACACCUACGCCAAGGGACUCUCGGGUUUGCCGACUCAGCGGGUGCCCAGGGCCGCCUACUAACGCGCACCGCGACGGUAAUCCAGUGUCACUCGAGGAGGUCACGAUUCACGAUUCACGAGAUCCGCCAGGCGGACGAAGACGCCGCACCACCUACUUCCUCCACAC